AUGUCCAUCAAUAAGAAGUUUAUUUUAAAAGUCAUUUCAACAAUUUGCAUAGACUGUGUGUUAUUGAACACAGACAUGAAUGCUCACGAAGCAGUGUUUAAGCUUAACACCAACGGUCAAAGGGCCGUAAAUUUCCUCGGUCCUGGAUGGACGGACACCAACAUUCUGUCCUGUGUGUUGAGAUGUCUGCAGAUCUACCAGUCCUGUUUUAGCGUCAUGUUUUACGAGCAUAACAAAUACUGUUUACCUGGUGAGUCAUUACCUCUUACCUGGUGAGUCAGUACCCCUUCCCUGGUGAGUCAGUACCCCUUACCUGAUGAGUCAGUACCCUUUACCUGGUGAGUCAGUACCCUUUACCUGGUGGGUCAGUACCCUUUACCUGGUGAGUCAGUACCCUUUGUUUGGUGAGUCAGUACCCCUUACCUGAUGAGUCAGUACCCCUUACCUGGUGAGUCAGUACCCCUUAUCUGGUGAGUCAGUACCCCUUACCUGGUGAGUCAGUACCUAUUACAUGAUUAGUCAUUACACUUACCUGUGUUGAGAAGAUAGAAAUCGUUUUCAGUCUAGACGACUACACUGGUUUUAUUAGGAAAAAAAAAGACAAUAAUUUACUCUUUCGUCUUGAGCUGCAGGUAAAUGAUCUAAGUAAUUUCUAUUUAUUCUUACGUAAUUUUAACGUUGCCCCUGUUUUCAAACUUAACGUUAAUGAUGGCCCGCAUAAAAAAUCAGAUGGUCUCCUUGUGGAAAGAGCAAUUAAAAUAGAUCACAUUACUUACCGUCGUGUCACAGUAAAUUCUGACAUAUACAACGCUUAGAGUCAAACAUUUCUGGCCUUUCAAAGCAGGUUUUAGCACAGUCGGCGAUCCCAGCUCCAAAUACACGCGGAGGUUUCGUUUAAUUUUGGAUUCCCAUGCAGCUUUAUAUCGAGCUAAGUUUCACUUUAGCACUCCCGGUUACGUAAAAAAAUAUAUCUACUCGCCUGACAUAUAAGGAGGACUUUUUGCUAAUGUUUUACUUCUUUCGUUAGUCUUAUUUCAAGUUUUCAAAUAUCUUGUAUUCAUUCAAUAUUUUGAACUGGAAGGCCACCCUUCCAAAAUAUUCUCAUCUCUGUACUUUGAUGCCUAUCAUGUUUUUAUUGAUGUAAUUUUCUCUUGUUCAUUUAGUCGAAUUCAUGUGAGAAGAUAUAAUUAAAUAACUAGACUCACAUCUAUUAAAACAUAUAACAAAAUUAAAAAUUCAAACAGUUUUUAUUUCAACAAUGUUUAGUUGAGCCCUCUUUCCAUUUAAAGCCUGUUGUCACAUCGAAGAAUUAUGAGAAUGCUAAUUUCGUAAAUCUGUAAGACAAAAAAAAAAAAAAACAAGUAUUUCUUUCCAUGUUGCAGAAUUCAUUGUUUCAACACUUUUAUCUCACCUGCCAGGUUCCUCUUUAGUGACUACUUCCGCUCAAAGUCAACUCAAGACCGGUACAAUUUAUUACAAUAGCCGCGUUUGUGACGCUGACAUGGACUUUACCUGGUACAGCUCAAAUGAUGUAGGGGUGUGUCUUUGGAUCUCAACAGAACAACUGAACUUUAACGACGCGAGGAAAACUUGUACAGGUAAAUAUAUUGGGGGAAAUAAUUGUACAGGUAGAUACAAGAGUAAAUUUUAGUUCUUGUAUCUCGGUCAUUGUCAAAUUUACAUCGAUACAAUUAAAUAGACGAAAUAUUAAUUCGUUCGUUGAAAUCGAUCAAGACUAUUUCUUUUAAGCAUUGGAUUCGUACUAGUUCUGAAUAAUACUUAUAGUGUAUCAAUGAAUGUCUGAGAAUGGCUACUAAACAUACAAAAAAAUUCUUUUCUUUUUCUUCCACAAGUCCAAGGAAGAACAGCACUACAUUAUUAAUAAGUUCUAAAAUGUUAUUUACCUGUCGUGUCUCUGGCCAUCUACGCCCUGCCUAGAUUCGUAUCAGAGAGACUUUUUUUAACUGUUCAAACACUGCGCUGAAACAUCUUUUCUCUCCUCACUUGUAGCCAAGGACGGAAAUCUGUACACCAUGAAAGUUAAUGAGAAGAUCGAUAUCCUGAGUGUUGCUCUUAACGGGAGUGUUGGGAUGUUCUGGAUCGGACUGGAUGAUUCCCUCAGGUGGGCGGACGAUGAAACGGUUAUCACACCGGAGUUGAGGCAGCGUCUUUUUGGGGCAAGUGAGUGAAAUAACUCCCAUACUAAGGAGUACGUUUUUGUUGUACACUAAGGAGCACCCGGCAUGCGUGGCAAUGCCACUCAAAGAACAAAAGUGUUUGUGUUUGAAUUACGUUUUUGAAGUAAUUUUUAAAUAGAAAAUAUUUUUUUUUCGUCUGGUGCGUACACAAAUAAAUUAGAAGGUUCUUUGACGCAUGAAAAGGCCACAUGCAGCUGUCCACGUAAAAAGGCCACAUGCAGCUGUCCACGUGAAAAGGCCACAUGCAGCUGUCUACGUGAGAAGGCCACAUGCAGCUGUCCACGUAAGAAGCAUGGAUUUUAUACAUUUAGUCCACACACUUGUAGCGAUUGGUCCACCCAUGCAGCAGCUCUGUUUGAAAUUAUAUUUAUAUAGCUCACAUACUUUUAAAAAAAAAUAAGGCCCCCGGCCCCAAACGUCAAAUUGUAAAAUGGUUGUACUAAUUCAGAAACCUAAUUAUUAUGUCACAAAAACUGAAAAGUUGCUCGUAUUAAAUUUUACUAAAUUCCGUCCACCCAAUUGUAUUUUUGAAAAUAUAUGUGUAUAUCUCCUAAACGAAAAAAAAAUUUGCGGGCUUGCGCACAACAAUUUACCACAAUUUUAACACAAUCGGAUGAAUAGUAUAAGAAAGCAUACUGAAAUUUUAUUUAACUCAUUACAGUAUGACAGAAAAGAAAAGGAAUUUACGGCUUUGGGCCCAAAAAGGAAUAUUGUAAAAUUUGUGUAAUAAUUCAGAAAAAUGUUCGGGCGUAUGCACAACAACUCACAUUGCGUCAUUUUCUUCUUUUUUUUAACCGAGUGGGACACAACCAAAUCAUGUUGUUGUACCCCCAUUUUAAGACGUUUUUUACGCGAAAAUCAAAUAUUCUAAGGAAAUAUUUAUUAUAUCAUUCUUGACAUGUUCCAGAGCAGCCAGACCAAGUUUCCACGGGACAGAACUGCAUCAAAUACACGGCUGGUUUUAACACUUUGGGCGGUGACACUUGCAGCACAUCAUACAACUAUGUGUGUGAGUUGAAAAAAUGAGAUGAGUCAACUAGACUGAGCCAAUGUAUCGGUUUGAUUACGGGACGUGGAUCAUUCAUAAAGAUUUGUUGAAUGUAUACCAAACGAUCUCACCAUUCAUUAUGCUAUACGGUAGCGUUGUAGUUGUUACCCACAUGAAGAAACAUUUCCAUAUUUCUCAAUUACGCCUUACACCUAUAAAUUAAUGCUUCAAUAUUUUGGUAAUUUGCAAGCAAAAAGAAAUUGCUGUCCGACAAUGAACAGAAUUAUACCAAGUAUUUGAAAAAUUUAUUAUUUUUGUUCUCUUCUAAAGGCAAGGUGAAUUCAAGGAUACAUAAAGAGAUUUGUUUGAAG